AUGAAGUUCUCCACCAACGCUGUUCUCUGCCUUUUUACCGCCAGCGCUUAUGCUACUGCCAUCGAUCCGAGAGAUCUGGCUACCGUGAAACAGGUUCUAGCCACUGUUCAAAGCGGCAUUGACGCUCUCACCAGUGCUGCCCAGGGCUUCGACGGAAGCAUCCAGCCGGUCGUCGACUCGUCCAACAAGCUCGUCGACUCUAUCAACGCUGGCACCAACGCCAUCAAGGCGCUCGACAUUCUCAAAUCUGGUGAUGCUUUCGGCCUCCUGUCCCCUGUCAAGGAGCUUCAACAGCACGCACAGUCUCUCGAUGAUGAGUUCAAGGCUCGCGUUUCCACCAUUGAGCAGGCCAAGGGUUGCGCCACCAGCCGCACACAACUCGACAAGAUUGCUACCGCCGCCAAAUCUCUCAUCGACACCCUUGUUUCCAAGGUCCCAACCGUUCUCCAGAGUGUCGCCAAAGACCAGGCGAACAAGAUAAACGGUGUCCUUGCUGAUGCCCAGGCUAAUCUUGCCGCGGACAAGUGCGUUGAUGCUUAA